AUGGCUGGAAACACCAAGAACAAUGCUAUUAAUAACACUGGUUUUGAUAGUGACAAUAACAAGAGUUCAAUAACUAAAACGAACGCUAAAGAGAAAGAUUUUUCAAACCUAUCGAAUUCUGAACGAGUUUUAACGAGCUUGGUAGCUGGUGCUGCGGCAGGUGCAAUAGCAAAGACAACAAUUGCACCAUUGGACCGGACAAAAAUAAAUUUUCAAAUAUCGAAAAUGCAAUAUUCUCAGCGAGCUGCAAUUGAUUUUUUAGUGAGAGCUUAUAAACAUGAAGGCUUGUUGAGUUUGUGGCGCGGUAAUAGUGCAACUAUGAUAAGAAUUGUGCCUUAUUCUGCAAUACAGUUUGCUGCUCAUGAACAAUGGAAACGCAUAUUAAAUGUCAAUGGCAAAAAUUCAUCGUCAGUUUAUAGAUUACUAGCUGGUUCAUUAGCUGGUGUAACAUCUCAAAGUUUAACUUAUCCAUUGGAUUUAGCACGCGCAAGAAUGGCAGUAACACAAAAAGCUGAAUACAAAACAUUGCGCGAAGUUUUUGUACAAAUUUAUAAAAACGAAGGAUUUUUGGCAUUUUAUAGAGGAUUUACUGCGACAAUAUUAGGUGUGAUUCCAUAUGCAGGCUGUAGUUUUUAUACUUAUGAUACUCUCAAAAUGUUUAUGGCAGUUGAUAAAAUUCAAAUGAAUCCGGGAUUCGCAACUUUGGCCACAUUGAGUUGUGGAGCAAUAGCUGGUAUUGUUGGACAAACGGCCAGCUAUCCAUUGGACAUUGUGAGAAGACGGAUGCAGACAUCAGCCAUCAAAGGAGCUUUUUAUCAUACUACCAUUUCGACUACUGUUAAAAUUUAUAGAGAGGAAGGAUUAAUGGCAUUUUACAAAGGCUUAACAAUGAAUUGGGUGAAAGGGCCUGUGGCAGUUAGCAUUAGUUUUGCAACUCACGAUAUAAUACGUGAUUAUUUGAGAACAUAUAUUAGUAAAUAA